CAUUGUGAUUGGAAACAUGGCAGCCCCAUCUCAGUACGUCCUCCCCAAUGACCUUCCCAUUGCUUUACUUGAUUGUGAAGAGGCCUUCUCUCUUCUGUCAACAGAGGAGAAGCUUUACACCCAUUUUUUGUCAAGAGCGUCAUUUUAUGGUGGAUUAAUAGUUCUGUUCCAAACGUCUCCUGAAUCUCCAGCCAUAUACAUCCUGCUUAACAGGCUCUUCAGGGCACAAGAGCCCUGUGUGUUGCAGAAAGUGGCCCAGUGCCAGGGGAUGACUGAUGAGGAGUACCAGGCCCUGUUAGUUUACACUGCUGGGUUCUUUGCGAACAUGGGAAACUACAAAUCCUUUGGGGAUACAAAGUUUGUUCCUAAUGUUUCUAAGGAGAAACUGGAGAAUCUGCUGCAUGCAAGUGAAGCAUUUACUAAGGAUCCAGAGGGAGUGGAGGCACUAUGGAAAAUGGUUGAAGACCGCAUGUACUCACUUGAGCCACGAGAGAGGCAGCUGGGACUAGGGGACCAUGGGAUAAGCACUUAUUUUUCUGCAAAUUGUACUUUGGAAGAUGCCAAACUGGUACAGAAGUUCCUUGACUCAAAGAGUCUUAGUGCCUACAACACUCGACUGUUUAAAACUCAGGAUAAAGGUGACAAAGCCAAGUAUGAAGUUCGACUGGCCUCUGUCAGCAAAGGAGGAUCUGCUGAUGCUACUUCUGAUCUCUCAAAUCUCUUGGGCCAAUUUGAAUUUGAAGGUCAUGCAAUUGAAGUUACAAGGGGAGAUUAUUCUCCUUUACUUCUCAGGGUGAGGGAAAACCUGGAAAAGGCAAAGGUUUAUGCUUCCAAUGAAAACCAAAGGAAAAUGCUGGACGCGUAUGGGCUCAGCUUUCAGGAAGGGUCUAUCCAAACUCACAAAGAGGGCUCUAAAUACUGGGUUCAGGACAAAGGACCAAUAGUUGAGAGUUACAUUGGAUUCAUUGAAAGUUAUAGAGACCCAUUUGGUUCCCGUGGAGAAUUUGAAGGUUUUGUGGCAGUGGUUAACAAGUUAGUGAGUGCUCGCUUUGCUCAGCUAGUCUCCGCUGCAGAGCGGCUCAUAGCAUCACUCCCAUGGCCAUCUACUUAUGAGAAGGACACUUUCCUCCGUCCAGACUUCACCUCUUUGGAUGUAGUAACAUUUAGUGGCAGUGGCAUUCCUGCUGGAAUUAACAUCCCAAACUAUGAUGAUAUCAGACAGAGCAUUGGAUUUAAGAAUGUGUCAUUGGGAAAUGUUUUAUCAGUUGGUUCUGCAACUGAACGUGAUAAGCUAACAUUCUUAUCUGAAGAAGACAAGGAUGUUUUUAUAAAGUAUCGCGGUCCAUCUUUUGAGGUUCAGGUUGGUCUGCACGAGUUAUUAGGACAUGGCAGUGGAAAGCUUUUUGUUCAGGAUGAAAAAGGAACAUUAAAUUUUGACAAAGAGAAUGUUAUUAACCCAGAGAGUGGAGAGCAGGUGAAAAGUUGGUAUAAGCCUGGUGAAACUUGGGACAGUAAAUUCUCUACAAUAGCCUCUUCCUUCGAGGAAUGCAGAGCGGAGUGUGUGGGGCUGUAUCUGAGCAUCAAUGAAGAGGUGUUGCGGAUAUUUGGCCAUGAAUCUCAUGAAGCCCAGGAUGUUUUGUAUGUGAAUUGGUUAAAUAUGGUCCGGGCCGGGUUAUUGGGACUGGAAUACUAUACACCAGAGACUGGCAAAUGGAGACAAGCUCAUAUGCAAGCUCGCUUUGUCAUUCUCUGUGUCCUCCUGGAUGCUGGAGAGAACUUUGUCACCAUCACACAAAAAGCCGGCGCUGACGGCCGCCCGGAUGCACAAGUGUCCCUAGACAGGAGUAAAAUUAUUAGCGUGGGUCAACUAGCCAUGCAUCGUUUCCUGCAGCGCUUACAGGUAUAUAAAUCUACAGCAGAUGUAGACCGUGCCCGUGAAAUGUAUGAUGGUUAUUCUAAAGUUACUGAUGAGGAACCUUACAAGUUUCUCACCCUGCGUGACAUUGUAAUACUGAGAAAAGAGGAGCGCAAGUUGUUUGUACAGAUAAACACUCAAAUGACAGGGGAUAAUGUGGAAGUUCUGCAUUAUGACAGCAGUCCCACUGGACUUAUACUCUCUGUGCUGAAAAGAUUUUGCAAUGAUGAGGAGGAACUGGAAAAGAAAAUGCUGGAACUGAGCUGUGCAGAUGCCUUCUAUUGGGAAAAACAGAACAGCAGAUGAAUAGCAGGAAAACCAGUCAGAAUACUGUAGGACUGUGCUCUGAAAAUGAAGCACUAUUGUGCACAUUCACAGCAAAUAUUGGGGCAAUAAGUCCUUAAAGGGUAACUGUCAUAUUUUUUAUUUAUUUGCUAGUUUAUUAGAGCUAGGCAUGUAUACCUGAGUUAAUCUGUCAAUGAUUGUCAAAAGAUCUGUAAUUACUUUAUAAUAACAGCUUUAAU